CUAUCGUUGCGCCGACUCCAGCGGUUAGUCCCUUACUCCCUGAUACCGGCUCCACCGAGCGAUUUGUGUUUAUUCCGAGGGAUCGUAAGUGCCCAAAAUUUAAUGGCAGGACUGGUAUAGACGUAAAUGAAUGGGUGGAGGAGGCACGUGCUUGUAUGAGGGCACGCCAUAUGUCUACCGUCGACCAAGCCUUCUUUUUAAUCGAUCAUUUAGAGGGUGAGGCGCGUGAAGAGCUUCGUUAUCGUUCAGGGGUUGAGCGGCACGACCCAGACCAAAUUAUCGCAGCAUUGCGCGAAUUGUAUGGUUGUACGCGAUCAUAUGUAGCGUUACAAGAACUGUUUUUCUCCAGGCGGCAGCAGGAGGGGGAGACCCUUGUGGAAUUCUCCCUGGCCCUGAUGAGCCUGUGGGAGAAAGUUAAAGAACAGGCUCCACAUGAAAUGUCUAAUGCUGGCGCCUUAUUGCGCGAUCAGUUCGUUGAAAACGUGAGCGACAAUACACUUAGACGCGAGUUAAAACAGUUAGUUCGGCGUAGCCCCAAUAGUACAUUACUUGAAGUGCGUAGUGAGGCAAUUCGUUGGGAGCGAGAGGGGACCCCUGGGGGUGCAAGAGGACGUAGCCAUUCUGUUCCAACGGCACACUGCAUACAAUAUGGGGUGCAUGGACAGUCGCAGCCUGGUGCUGGCACUCUAGAAGGGUCAUCUGAGUUGCGUGAAUUAAAGGAGAUGAUGAAAUUGCAGCAACAACAGUUAAAUCAGCUUACUCAAAGUUUAGCCCAUAUUCAGAGAACCCAACCGGGGGGUGGAGUACAGCGAUUUAGUCACAUUAUCUGUAGGCGGUGUAGACAACCAGGUCAUUUCGCAAGAGAGUGUGAGGGGGAGCGUAGAGCUACCCGGUUUCAGUCUACCAGGCCGGUGGUCCCUCCACGGGGGGGUGGACUGGCUCCGUCAGACCAGCCGUCGGAAAACUAAUCCCCACCGAGCUGGUGAGUCACUGCUCGGUUGGGGAAGGGAGGGGCUCAAAUCACUUGAUUAGCCCAGGCUCACUUGCUCGUCUGGUGUCGGCUUGUCCGCAGCUCGUUGUUCACAUGGGAGGUGUUCCUGUGUCUUGCUUAGUGGACACUGGCUCCAUGGUGACAACUGUCACAGAAAGUUGUUUUUCUGCGUAUUUCAAGCCUUGGGGACCAGAACGUCUCCUUUCCUGCCAGUGGUUGCAAUUGCGAGCAGCGAAUGGUUUGUCAAUUCCGUAUAUAGGAUACCUGGAGUUAGAUAUCGAACUUUGCGGUCGGUUGCUCUCGGGGUGCGGUGUCCUGGUGGUGCGAGAUCCUCCUGGUGGGUUGGCUGGCCAGGUCCCUGGAGUUUUGGGGAUGAAUGUUUUAGGCCGCUGCUACCGGGAGCUCUUUGUCCAGCAUGGCUCCGCUCUCUUUGAGUUACCGGCUGUGUCACAAGCCCCCUCAUUCAUUACGCAGGCCUUGCAACACUGUCAUCAGGGAGGCUUUAAGUCUGCUGGAAUCGUUGAGGGUCAAGUUAGGGUGCGGGGUCGCCGUGUAAGCCGUAUUCCCGGGGGGACAUUAAAGCUAGUAGCUGCUACCUGUUCAACCCAGUAUUCCAGUGGGGCAGUUUUAUUUGAGCCACCAGAGGCCGGGCUCCCAGCAGGCUUGUUGGCAUCUUCUGCCUUGGUGAGAGUGGUCCGGGGAACAGUAUAUAUACCGGUGGUAAAUGUCGGCACGACUGAUAUUGUUCUUUAUCCACGAGUUAUUAUUGGCACUUUAAGAGGCGUGGAUGUGGUAAGUUUGCCUUCGGGGGUUAGUGAGGUCCAGCCGGUAGCCGUAUCAGCAAGCGUACAGGCAGCCCGUGUUACUCCAGUACGGGACCAGAUUAAUUCUCUUGAUCUGUCUGUACUGCCAAUGGCCGAUCAAGCGAAAGUUCGGGCCUUGCUGUUAAGUUAUGAGUCUGUGUUUUCUACACAUGAGGGGGACCUUGGGUGCACGGGUCUUAUCUCUCACGACAUACCCCUUGUAGACCAUACUCCCAUUAGGCAGCGACAUCGACGGAUACCUCCGUCCGAGUGUGAGGUUGUGAAGGCGCACAUAAAUCAGCUUCUUGAGGCACAAAUAAUUAGGGAGAGCAGUAGCCCCUAUGCGUCACCUAUCGUGCUCGUGAGAAAGAAGGAUGGUAGUCUACGCUUGUGUGUAGACUACCGCAGGCUGAACACGAGCACCAGGAAGGAUGCUUUUCCGUUACCGCGUAUCGAGGAGACCUUGGACUCACUGACGGGGGCCCAAUGGUUUUCUACCAUGGAUCUCGCCAGUGGGUAUAACCAGGUACCGGUGACGGAGGGGGACAGAUACAAAACAGCCUUCUGUACCCCUUUUGGCUUGUUUGAGUGGAACAGGAUGCCCUUUGGCCUUUGUAAUGCUCCUAGCACCUUUCAGCGGUUGAUGCAAAGGCUGUUCGGUGAUCAACAGGGACAGUCCCUUCUUUUGUACCUCGAUGACAUAGUGGUGUUUUCGGCCUCGGUGGAUCAACAUCUCUCUCGGAUGGAGGUGGUCCUGAGUCGUCUGCAGAGAGAGGGAUUGAAGGCUAAAUUGGGGAAGUGUUCAUUUUUCCAGAGGGAGGUUAAGUACUUGGGUCAUGUGGUCUCGUCAGAAGGGGUCGCUACAGACCCAAGUAAGAUUGAGGCAGUGACCCAAUGGCGUUGUCCCACUACCGUAGGUGAAGUGCGUUCCUUUCUGGGAUUUGCCAGCUAUUACCGUCGGUUUGUAGAGGGAUUUGCUAAAAUAGCUGCCCCGCUGCAUGGGCUGGUAGCAAAGCUGGCAAAUCCAAAACAUCGGCGUUGUUCAGAGCAGGACUUUGCCGACGCCUGGUCUAUACAGUGUCAACAGAGCUUUGAGGAGUUGAAGCGGCACUUGUCUGUGGCCCUGGUGCUGGCAUAUGCUGAUUUCUCCUUGCCUUUUGUCCUGGAGGUUGAUGCCAGCUAUGGGGGCCUAGGGGCAGUCCUGUCCCAAGAGCAGGGGGGAAGGGUGAGGCCGAUAGCAUAUGCUAGUCGUGGUCUUCGGCCCACUGAGCGCCAUAUGGACAAUUAUAGCUCUAUGAAAUUGGAGUUUUUGGCGCUCAAGUGGGCCAUGACUGAAAAAUUUAGGGAGUACCUGUUGGGCCACAGAUGCAUUGUAUUUACAGACAACAACCCUCUCAGCUAUGUUUUUACAGCCAAGCUGGGUGCCACCGAACAGCGUUGGGCUGCCCAGUUGGCUGCUUUCAAUUUUGAGAUCAAGUAUAGGUCCGGUCGCUGCAAUAGGAAUGCGGAUGCCUUGUCUAGACAGAAUCCACCCAUAAGGGAGGAUAUUCAAAGUCUAGUUCUAGGGCAGGCCAUCCCAGAAAGGAUAGCUCAGAUAGCCAAAGGGGGACCGGUGGCCCAGGUGAGUCAGGUGACGGUGUUCCCAGAUCCACCCUUGGGAGAUAUGCGUUCAGGUCAGAGCGCUGACCCACAUAUUGGGGAACUUUUAAGGUUCUGGCGACGACAGGCACUCCCAACAUCGGAGGAGCGUAAGCAGUUGCCAAAACCGGUGGUCACGAUGCUUAGGCAGUGGGACCGCUUGGUGGAGCAGGAAGGUGUAAUGUACCGUCGGGUAAGUCGUCCGGACGGUGGGGAAGAAAUCCUGCAGGUUUUAUUGCCGGUGGCCAUGAAGGAGGAGGUUUUGACGCAGUUACAUCAGCAGCACGGGCACCAGGGUGUGGAAAGGACUACCCAGCUGGUGCGUCAAAGGUGCUACUGGCCAGAUAUGUCCUCUGAGAUUGCACUUUGGUGCCAGCAAUGCACCAAAAAGAAAUUCAAGAUGGCGGCAUGUGUGUAG